AUGAUAUAUUCCCAAUCCAGCCCACAAUCUAAACCGCCACACCGGCAUAACACAAACUGGCGUGCGCCCGCGACGCUCACAACAUCCAUGGACGAGCGCGAAGAAGUCCUAUCCCUCGAUCUCGAGGACGACGACUACCUCUACCGCAUCCGGCGCGGCCACCGCAUCGUCUACGUCUCGGUGCUGCAUGCUGGUAUUGUCCCACCAGAGCACCGCACAGAGGGGUCUAGGAUCCUAUCUCACCUGCGGCGACUCCCUGGGUGGGACGGGGAAUGGCGCACGCUUACGGCUCGGAAGAGAGAUGGCGGCGUGGAGUGCACUGUCAAUGAGUUUGAGGCGCAUAAGCUGGAUAGCGGCGCCGUCGCUGCCUGCGCUGGCCCGGCAUUCAAUCUCCUGGAGCUUGAGCGAUGUGGGCGGAUUAGCGAGAGAAUGGCGAGGGUGGUUGUGGGGGGGACGGUGUGCGUGGUUAAGAUUGCUAGAUUCAGGCAUGAGCUCGAGGCUCUGGAGAGGGAGGUUCGAGUAUACGGUGCUUUGAGGGAUCGCAAGUUUGGUCUUUGCCCUGCUUUCAUUGGGUAUGUUUAUGAGGAAGAGAAGGGCCGGGUUGUGGGCUUUCUGAUGGAAGAGCUGCAUGGACGGCAUCCUGAUAUUAGGGACCUGGGCGCUUGUGAGGAUACGGUCGAGCAACUGCAUGGUGCAGGCGUUUCUCAUGGCGAUCUGAACAAAUACAAUAUCAUCGUCUCGGGGAAUGUAGCAAAGUUGAUUGAUUUUGAAGUAUCAACGUUUCUGGAAGACGGACAUCACGAAGAGGCAAAAGACGAAUUGCAGAAACUGGCCGACCAGUUAUUAGACACGUCAGAAGUAGGAUUGAGAUAG